CCGCCCACCCCGGCCCUCCCGGGCUGCUGCUCCCCGGCGGAGGCAAGAGGUGGUUGGGGGGGACCAUGGCUGACGUUUUCCCGGCCAACGACUCCACGGCGUCUCAGGACGUGGCCAACCGCUUCGCCCGCAAAGGGGCGCUGAGACAGAAGAACGUGCACGAAGUGAAGGACCACAAAUUCAUCGCCCGCUUCUUCAAGCAGCCCACCUUCUGCAGCCACUGCACCGACUUCAUCUGGGGGUUUGGGAAACAAGGCUUCCAGUGCCAAGUUUGCUGUUUUGUGGUACACAAGAGGUGCCAUGAGUUUGUUACUUUUUCAUGCCCGGGUGCAGACAAGGGACCCGACACUGAUGACCCCAGGAGCAAGCACAAGUUUAAAAUCCACACUUAUGGGAGCCCCACCUUCUGUGAUCACUGUGGGUCGCUGCUGUAUGGACUUAUCCACCAAGGGAUGAAAUGUGACACCUGCGACAUGAACGUCCACAAGCAGUGUGUGAUCAACGUCCCCAGCCUCUGCGGCAUGGAUCACACAGAGAAGAGGGGGCGGAUUUACCUGAAGGCAGAGGUCACCGAUGAAAAGCUCCAUGUCACAGUACGAGAUGCAAAAAAUCUAAUCCCUAUGGAUCCCAAUGGGCUCUCUGAUCCUUACGUGAAGCUGAAACUUAUUCCUGAUCCUAAGAAUGAAAGCAAACAGAAAACCAAAACCAUCCGCUCCACACUGAACCCCCAGUGGAAUGAGUCCUUCACGUUCAAACUAAAACCUUCAGACAAAGACCGACGACUGUCCGUAGAAAUCUGGGACUGGGAUCGAACAACAAGGAAUGACUUCAUGGGAUCCCUUUCCUUUGGAGUCUCGGAGCUCAUGAAGAUGCCGGCCAGCGGAUGGUACAAGUUGCUGAACCAAGAAGAAGGGGAGUACUACAACGUGCCCAUUCCAGAAGGGGACGAAGAAGGAAACGUGGAGCUCAGGCAGAAAUUCGAGAAAGCCAAGCUUGGGCCUGCGGGUAACAAAGUGAUCAGUCCUUCUGAAGACAGGAAACAACCUUCCAACAACCUCGACAGAGUGAAGCUCACCGACUUCAAUUUCCUCAUGGUGCUGGGGAAGGGGAGUUUUGGGAAGGUGAUGCUUGCUGACAGGAAGGGAACAGAAGAACUGUAUGCCAUCAAAAUCCUGAAGAAGGACGUGGUGAUUCAGGACGACGACGUGGAGUGCACCAUGGUGGAGAAGCGGGUCCUGGCCCUGCUUGACAAGCCCCCAUUCCUGACGCAGCUGCACUCUUGCUUCCAGACGGUGGAUCGGCUGUACUUUGUCAUGGAGUAUGUCAACGGCGGGGACCUGAUGUACCACAUUCAGCAAGUAGGAAAAUUUAAGGAGCCACAAGCAGUAUUCUAUGCAGCAGAGAUUUCCAUUGGAUUGUUCUUUCUUCACAAAAGAGGCAUCAUUUAUAGGGACCUGAAGUUAGAUAAUGUCAUGCUGGAUUCAGAAGGACAUAUCAAAAUCGCUGACUUUGGGAUGUGCAAAGAACACAUGAUGGAUGGAGUCACAACCAGGACCUUCUGUGGGACUCCAGAUUACAUCGCCCCGGAGAUAAUCGCUUACCAGCCGUAUGGGAAGUCCGUGGACUGGUGGGCCUAUGGCGUGCUGCUGUAUGAAAUGCUGGCUGGCCAGCCUCCAUUUGAUGGUGAGGAUGAAGAUGAGCUGUUCCAGUCGAUCAUGGAGCACAACGUCUCCUAUCCCAAGUCCUUGUCCAAAGAGGCCGUCUCUAUUUGCAAAGGGCUGAUGACCAAGCACCCAGCCAAGCGGCUGGGCUGUGGGCCCGAGGGGGAGAGGGACGUGAGAGAGCACGCCUUCUUCCGCAGGAUCGACUGGGAAAAGCUGGAGAACAGGGAGAUCCAGCCGCCCUUCAAGCCCAAAGUGUGUGGCAAAGGAGCAGAAAACUUUGACAAGUUCUUCACACGAGGGCAACCCGUCUUAACACCGCCAGAUCAGCUGGUCAUCGCGAACAUAGACCAGUCUGAUUUUGAAGGGUUCUCAUACAUCAAUCCCCAGUUUGUGCACCCAAUCUUGCAAAGUGCGGUAUGAAACUCACCAAUGACAGCAAAUGCCUCCCCAGCCCUCAGCCCUCCCAGCAAUGGGGAACAAUUCUCAACCCUAAAAUUUUAAGGCCAUGGCCUUGUGUCUUAUUCCACACAGAGGCCUGAAAAUUGUAGGGUCAUUAGUCCACAUGGGGUCAACUUUUCAGGGUCUCUCUUACAACCAAGAACAUUAUCUUAGUAAAAGAUGACAUAAUGUACAGUAUCCAGUUUAAUUAUGUAGAUGUCACAUCAGGCUGUAGGUUAACCCUUCCUAGAAAGCAAACAGACUCUUGCCCCUUUUUUGGUACGACUUGAUAUGUUCUCCAUACCCUCCAUCUGUGGAUUUUCACCAUCAGGAUCCCUCAACCAGAGAUAUUCAAGUGAACUACCCAGCCCAGUGUGUUGAAAGCAUCUUUUCCUACGAUGUCUUUGGGAUAAAAGGAUAGGGAGCCCAGAGAGUGAACAAAGAGGGAUCAGGGGUGGUAGAAGCUUCAAGAUACCCACCACUUUUGUUCUCUGCCUUGAUGGAAACAGUCCCUAGAAUCUGAGAGGCCAGGAUGAACCUUAUCAUUGUUCCCAAACGUCAUGACCCAAUUAUGGUCCAGCUGUUUAAAAAAGAAAGACAACUUCAGAUGAGUGUUGGGUGAAUCUGUCAUCCAUUACCCAGUUGGUUGAUAACUGUCUUGAUACUUGCAUUCUUCUUAAGAGGCCAAAUCAUCUAAGGACUUUGCUAAACAAGCAUGUGAAAUCAUGUCAGAUCAAGGAUAAACCAGUGUGUAUGUAUGCUCAUUUUAAUCUCUGGGAGAUUGUUCUUCAAUCCAGGGUGCCAUCAAUAACCAUGCCACUACUCAUGAGUGUUGUUAGCCAACCCCCUCCACCAAUAUUUUGCUACCUAUGUUGUCACCCUUCCUAAGAAGCUGAAGUAUAUGCCCCAUCCCCUUUUGUACUUAUUUAUUUAAUAGGCUGCUGUGUCAUUUAAGAAAGUACGAUGUAUAGUAACUUAAUCAAGACUUGAUUCUAGAAUCAAUCCCUACUUGUUGGUUUUCCUGCCUUCUCUAGCCCUAGACAUUCACUUAGGGAUGAAAACCAAUAUGGUUUGGGUUCCCACUUCCUAUUGAGCGACACACCUGGAGCUAUAGAAUCAGGAUGCCUGGAUGCUUAUCAGCUCAAAGAUGUUUUCUUGCUAGAAGGUUUUUAGUAUGUUUUGCAAAUGCAUCAUGCAAUGGAUUUGCAUGUUUAUAAUAAACCUUAAUAACAAGUGAAUUAUAUUAUUGAUAUAAUCUUAUCAACUAUAAAGAGUAUUACAAUAAUUUUAUAAGACACAAUUGUGCUAUAUUUGUGAA